GGCAACGUGUUGCUCUUCUUUAAGCGGCUAAGCCGAGGGACGCACCCAACUUGGGUGGGGAGAAGCGGCGUCGGAGAACCCAGCUGAUUGUUACCGUCCUGCUUUCUCCUUCCCGACGACUGCUGAGCAUUGGCUGGGAUGGCGUCGUGGCUGGGGGGUCUCGGUGCGGGAUUUGGCCAGUCCCUGGUGGGACAAGUCGGAGGCAGCUUGUCGACCCUUACCGGGCAGAUCUCCAGCUUCACCAAAGAUAUGCUGUUAGAAGGCACGGAGGAGGUGGGAGAUGCUGCAGUUGAUUUUCCUGUAUCUAACUCUAGUCUGAGAGACGUAGAAAGCACUCAUGCAACACUGAGAUCAGAGAAUGACAGAUUGAAGAAGUUUUGUAAUGAUCUUGAAGAAAAGAAUGAAGUAGCAGAGCUUCAGAUAAAGCAACAAUCCAUAGAUUACCGUAAUCAGCUACAGCAGAAAGAGGUGGAAAUCAGCCAUCUUAAAGCCAGGCAGAAUGCUUUACAGGAACAACUACAGAAGAUGCAGUCAGCUGCUCAGUCAUCACAGUUAGGAACUGUUGUUUCUCCAUCAGCCACUACAUCAGCUCCUUUUGUUCCUGUAGUUAGAAAUCAUUCUUCUGAUUUUCAUGGAGAUGAUAUGGAUUUUGGAGAUGUGAUCUGGUCUCAACAAGAAAUAAACAGAUUGUCCAGUGAAAUUUCUAGGCUUGAAUCUGAAGUUGACCACUGGAAGCAGAUUGUACAGUUUUCUAAUCCACAAGGAGCAAACAGUACAGAUCAGAAUGAAAUCUGCAAGCUGCAAAAUAUUAUCAAGGAACUAAAACAGAAGUUGAGCCAAGAAAUAGAUGAGCAUCAGCAUGAGCUUUCAGUAUUGCAAGAUGCACAUCGUCAGAAAUUAGCAGAGAUAAGCCGACGUCAUAGGGAAGAACUAAGUGAAUAUGAAGAACGAAUAGAAGAACUGGAAGAUCAGUUACAGAAAGUUGGUGGGAGUACUGAAGCUUCUUCUGAAAUUGAUCUACAAAAUUGUUUGUCUGGAUCAAAACCACCACUCUUGAGUGACUUACAAGAUAAAGUGGAAAGUUUAAGUCAACAAUUGUCUUCAGCAGAAGAAGAGAAAAAUAUUCUCUGGAAAGAACUUGAAUUUGUAAAAAAAGAGAAAAGUCAACUAGGAGAAGAAUAUGAAAGACUAAAAUCUGAAUGCAAUAAACUGCCAACAUCUAUUCCUGAAAAACUGGACAGUGUAAAAGUAGAGGAAGUCCCUAAUUUUGUAGAAGAAUCAUUGAAGGCCGAAGUGGAACGAUUGCAGCAAGCACUAAUUGAUGCAGAAAGUGAAAUAACAAAAUUGAAAAGAUUAAAUCAGGAAGGAAUUCAGAAAGAAACUGGAAGUUUACAACCCAAGUGUGAUAGUACUAUGGAUGCAUCAACCAAAGGACAGAACUUGGAGUUAAAUCAGUUACAAGACGUGCAAAAGAAGCAACAUGAAUGGAAUGAAAGCAGUGCUGAGAAAGAAACUCUAAUAGCAGAACUGGAAGAACUGGACAAGCAGAACCAAGAAGCUACCCAGCAUAUGAUUAUGUUGAAGGAACAACUAGCCAAACAAAAUGCAGAAGCUGCUAAAGUUAUCACCCAGCUAAAACUGGACGUAAAAUUUGAGAAAAGAACAAUAUCUAUGUUGGAAGCUGAGAAAACAGAAAUGAGCAAAGAGCUGCAAAGCCAGAAAGAAACAUUGAAUCAAUGUACAUUUGCACUUAAUGACUUGCAUAUGACUAAGCAACACCUGGAAAAUAAAAUAAAAGAAUUAAAAGAACAACUUAAAACAUCCCAAUAUUGUAGCUCCAAAAAUGAACAGGAAAUUAUAGAAUUAAAGAAAAACCUAACUGAAAGAGAAGAAGAAUGUUCUCUUCUCAAAAAUGAAUUAACCAGGAUAGGUGAGAAAUCUAACAGCUAUAAUCAAGAUAAUUCAACCACAGAACGAGAAAAAGAAAUGUCAGACUUGAAGGAGCACGUUUCUGAAAAUAAACUGAUAAAUACAGAUUUGGAGAAAUCUAUCUUAAAUCUUCAAACAGAAAAAGGAAGACUUCAUUUAGCAUGUGAGGAACUUAAACAGCAGUUGCAAAUAGCUAAUAGUGAGAAAAGUAAGAUUAGUUUUGAAAAAGAUACUAUGCUGGAAGCUUUGAAACUUGAAAAGGGACAGUUAGAAAGAGAAUUAAGCCAAUCUGAAAAACAAUUGUUGGAACAGGCUCAUAAAUAUGAGCAGACCAUUGAGGAGUUGUCAAAUGCACGUAAUAUGGAUACUACUGCAUUACAAUGUGAACAUGAACGGUUAGUUAAACUUGCUCAAGACAAAGACUUUGAGAUAGCAGAACUCAAGAGGAAUAUUGAACAGAUGGAAGCUGACCAUGAGGAAACUAAAGAGAUGUUAACCACUAGCUUAGCUGGGCAAAAACAACUGACAGAGCUCAUAAAAGAGAAAGAGGUCUUUGUUGAAAAAUUUAAAAUCAGAGUUUUUGAGUUAGAGCAGCAACAUGAAGACUAUAUUGAGAAUGCCAAAAGAGUUGAGCGUUUAAAGCAGAAUUUAGAAGAAAAGGAGAAAAGUCUUUCAGCUAUGAAAGAAGAGAACAGUCAUUUGAAAGAAGAAAUUGAGCGAUUAAAAGAACAACAGAGCAGGUCUCCUCCUUUGGCUGAGCCCAAAACCUUAGAUAUCAUCACAGAACUUGAAGCAGAAAUAACACAAUUAACUAUACUUAAAAAUAAUCUCGAAGAAGAGGUGAAACUGAACAAAAAGACAUUUGAGGAUCAGAAUUUGAAAAUGGCCCAACUACAGCAAUCCCUACAAGAGUAUAAAAAGGAGACUGAGGAGUCCAAAUUUCAACAUGAACAAACGAAUAUAGCACAUAGGCAGGUAUGCCUGGAGAAGGAUGAAGAAAUCAAAAGCCUACAGAGAACAUUAGAACAAAUUAAAACACAACUAAACAAUCAGAGAGAGGUAAUUCAGCAAGACCCUCCUGAUCUUUUUCAGGAAUCUAAAGUUCAGACACUUAAUGGUGAAAAUGGGAAUGAGAAACAUGACUUAUCUAAGGCUGAAAUUGAAAGGCUGGUAAAAGGCAUCAAGGAGAGAGAAAUGGAAAUCAAGCUUCUGAAUGAAAAGAAUAUAUCACUAAGUAGACAGAUUGAUCAGUUAUCUAAAGAUGAAGUUGGCAAACUUACACAGAUCAUUCAAGAAAAAAACUUAGAAAUACAAGCUCUUCAUGCAAGGGUUUCCUCCCCAUCUUACAAGCAAGAUGUUCUUUUCCUUCAACAGCAAUUACAGACCUAUGCCAUGGAAAGAGAACAAGUGCUGGCAGUUCUUAGUGAAAAAACUAGAGAAAACAGUCAGUUAAAAACAGAUUAUCACAAGUUAGUGGAUAUUGUAGCAGCUAAGGAAUCAGCUGUGAAAAAAUUGCAGGAAGAAAACCAAAAGCUAUCCAGUGAAUUUGAAAGUAGCAGUCGCGAUAUGUCUCGGGAAACUAUAAAGAACUUGUCCCGUAUCAUUCGAGAGAAAGAUAUUGAGAUUGAUGCUUUAAGUCAGAAAUGCCAAACUUUAUUAACUGUCCUGCAGUCUUCCAGUAUAGAUUCAGGCAGUGAGUUACAAGGAAUUAAUAGUAAUCAGUUUGAGGAGCUUUUACAGGAACGUGACAAGCUGAAACAGCAAGUAAAGAAAAUGGAAGAAUGGAAGCAACAAGUAAUGACUACUGUUCAAAAUAUGCAGCAUGAGUCUGCACAUCUCCAAGAAGAACUACAAAAGCUUCAGACACAAAUUUCAGUUGAUAGUGAAAACAAUUCCCAAUUGCAGAUAGAGUACAAUGGUUUAAUACAGGGGUAUGAACAAAAUGAGAAAAAGCUGAAAACAUUUACUCAAGAAUUAGCCCAAGUUCAGCAGAGCAUAGGAGACCUUAACAAUACUCGGGAUAUAAUUCUUGGCAAGCUUGAUAUGGCACCACCACCACAGUUGGUAACUUCUGUUGAUGGAAAACCAUUAGAGGUUCCCAGUAAUACUUCUUCUCAGUUGUUUGACAGUGAGUCUAAAUCACUAAAUGAGGAACUAGAGUUCAUGAAGAAAACAUUGCAGGAAAAGGAUUCACUUAUCCAGACUUUACAAGAAAAUAAUCAGAGACUGUCUGAUUCUAUGGCUGCAUCAUCAGAGGUCGAAAGAAAGUGUCAACAGGAAUUUGGCUUGGAAAUAAAGCAGUUAAAGGAGAAAUGUGACAUUUUACAGAUGUCCCUCAAGGAAAAAGAUCUGUUAAUAAAAUCAAAAAGUGAUCAAUUGCUUUCUCUGAGUGAAAAUCUUAGUAAUAAAGAGAGUGAAAAUGAGCUGCUGAAGCAAGGGAUCACUAACCUGAAAGAGAGAACUCUUAUCUUAGAAAUGGAUGUUUGUAAAUUGAAGGAAGAAAAUGACAGAAUAGUGGCAAAAAGCCAGGAAAAAGAAACAGAAUUUCGAGCACUACAAGAGACUAACAUGCAGUUUUCAAUAAUGUUAAAGGAGAAGGAAUUUGAACAUAAUUCCAUAAAGGAGAAAGCUCUUACAUUUGAAAAGAUGUUGAAAGAGAGAGAACAGGGAAAGACAGGAGAACUAAACCAGCUGUUAAAUGAAGCCAAGUCAAUGCAAGAAAAGGCUGUUGCUUUUCAGCAAGAGCGAGAUCAAGUCAUGUUGGCCCUCAAACAGAAACAAAUGGAGACUAGUGCUCUGCAGAAUGAGGUGCAGUAUUUACGUGAGAAGGAGCAGCGUCUAAAUCAAGAACUAGACAGGUUACGCAAUCAUCUUUUAGAAAGGGAAGAUACCUCCACACGUGAAGCUUUAGCAGCUGAGGAUCGGGAAUCAAAGCUAAAAAAGAAAGUCCAGAUUUUGGAGGAAAAGCUUCUGUCUUCAUCAACUGUAGUGGAAAAUGUCAGGUAA